AAAGAGAGAAGACUCAAGAAGCAAAGCGGAUUCGCGAGUUGGAGCAGCGCAAACACACGGUCCUGGUGACAGAGCUCAAAGCCAAGCUCCAUGAGGAGAAGAUGAAGGAGCUGCAGGCGGUGAGAGAGAACCUCAUCAAGCAGCACGAGCAGGAAAUGUCAAGGACAGUGAAGGUGCGGGAUGGGGAGAUCCAGAGACUCAAGUCCGCUCUGUGCGCUCUCCGGGACGGCAGCAGCGACAAAGUAAGGACAGCACUCACCAUUGAGGCCCGGGAGGAGGCCCGGAAACAGUUCGAUGCAGAGCGCUUGAAGCUCUUGCAGGAAAUCACAGACUUGAAAAUGGCCAAGAAGCAGGUGGACGAGGCGCUGAGCAAUAUGAUCCAAGCGGAUAAAAUCAAGGCUGGGGACCUUAGGAGUGAGCAUCAGUCCCACCAGGAAGCCAUCUCGAAGAUCAAGUGGGAGUCGGAACGGGACAUUCGGAGGCUGAUGGAUGAAAUCAAAGCCAAGGACAGGAUCAUCUUUUCCCUGGAGAAGGAACUGGAGACUCAGACAGGCUAUGUACAGAAACUGCAGCUGCAGAAGGAGGCUUUGGAUGAGCAGCUCUUCCUGGUCAAGGAGGCCGAGUGUAACAUGAGCAGCCCGAAGAGAGAGAUUCCAGGAAGGGCGGGAGAUGGCUCCGAACACUGCAGCAGCCCGGAUUUGAGAAGAAAUCAAAAGAGAAUAGCUGAAUUGAAUGCCACUAUAAGAAAGUUAGAAGAUAGGAACACCUUGCUUGGAGAUGAACGGAACGAGCUGUUAAAACGUGUGCGGGAAACAGAAAAGCAAUGCAAACCUCUCCUGGAAAGGAACAAGUGCCUCGCCAAGAGAAACGAUGAGCUGAUGGUGUCUUUGCAGCGCAUGGAGGAGAAACUAAAAGCUGUAACAAAGGAGAACUCAGAAAUGAGAGAAAAAAUAACAUCUCACCCACCCUUAAAGAAACUGAAGUCUUUGAAUGACCUUGACCAAGCUAAUGAAGAACAAGAGACAGAGUUUCUGAAACUGCAGGUCAUAGAGCAACAGAACAUCAUUGACGAGCUCACAAGGGAUCGAGAAAAACUAAUCCGUAGGAGAAAGCACAGGAGAAGCUCGAAGCCAAUCAAGAGGCCUGUUUUGGAUCCAUUCAUUGGCUAUGAUGAGGACUCCAUGGAUUCAGAAACAUCAUCCAUGGCCUCCUUUAGAACGGACAGGACACCUGCCACUCCCGAUGAUGACUUGGAUGAAAGUCUAGCUGCUGAAGAAUCUGAGUUACGGUUUCGACAAUUAACAAAAGAAUACCAAGCCCUCCAAAGAGCAUAUGCCCUCUUGCAGGAGCAGACUGGAGGCAUCAUAGAUGCUGAAAGAGAAGCCAAGGCACAAGAGCAGCUCCAGGCAGAGGUGCAAAGAUACAAGGCCAAAAUCGAAGAUCUGGAGGCAACGCUAGCUCAGAAGGGGCAGGACUCACACUGGGUAGAAGAGAAACAACUUUUCAUUAAGAGAAACCAGGAGCUUUUAGAAAAGAUAGAGAAACAGGAAGCAGAGAACCACCGGCUACAGCAGGAACUACAGGACGCCAGAGACCAGAAUGAACUGCUGGAAUUUCGCAACCUAGAGCUAGAAGAGAGAGAAAGGAGAUCCCCUCCAUUUAAUCUACAAAUUCACCCCUUCUCAGACGGCGUGAGUGCCCUGCAGAUCUACUGCAUGAAAGAAGGUGUGAAGGAUGUCAACAUCCCUGAUCUCAUAAAGCAGCUUGACAUCCUGGGCGAUAAUGGGAACUUGAGGAACGAGGAACAGGUGGCCAUAAUUCAGGCCAGCACUGUGCUGUCACUGGCGGAGAAGUGGAUACAGCAGAUUGAAGGAGCAGAGGCUGCCCUACACCAGAAGAUGAUGGAAUUGGAAAGUGACAUGGAACAAUUCUGCAAAAUAAAAGGCUACCUGGAGGAAGAACUAGACUACAGAAAACAAGCUCUUGACCAGGCGUAUAUGAGAAUCCAGGAGCUAGAGGCUACCUUGUACAAUGCUCUGCAGCAAGAGACGGUGAUCAAGUUCGGUGAACUGUUAAGUGACAAGCAGCAGGAGGAGCUGCGGACGGCUGUUGAAAAGUUACGGCGGCAGAUGUUGAGGAAGAGCAGGGAGUACGACUGUCAGAUCCUCCAGGAGAGGAUGGAGCUCUUACAGCAAGCACACCAGAGAAUCCGUGACCUAGAGGAUAAGACGGACAUUCAGAAACGGCAGAUAAAGGACUUGGAGGAAAAGAAAAUUCAAGAACACAGAUCAUACCCCCAGAAGGCAUAUGCUUUUAAACCUUCAAAGAUGGCAAAAUUGUUUACACCGAUGUAAGGGAAAUCAAAAGCUAAGAACUACCCUGUAGCCAAGACUCUUGCUUUAAAGCCAUUAUUCAAGGUUUCUUACUUGACAGUUUAUAAUGACCCUGUUGAAAAAUCUACAUUAUAUGCUGCAUUUAAUGAAGAAACGUGUGUGUGUUGAACCAGAAGAAGAGAACUAUAAACAUAUAUUGUGUGAAGGAAAAAUUCAGCAGUGGAACCAGUUUCAGCAGAUCAAGAGAAGACGUGUCUUGGGCAUGGAACCAAAGUUACAAUGAAACAUUCAACUCCUGCUGUGCAGGGGGGGUCAUUUUAAUGUAACACCACACCCCAUGGAAACACUAUUCCUGAAAAUAAACAUCAUUUUAAAAAAAAAAAACAAAACAAACAUAAGAAAAAGAAUUGAGGGUGGGUGGGAAUGAAGCACGAGGAAUACCUAUGAGGAGCUAUUUACAAUAAAAGGUUUCAUUUGAAAAGUCUGGUUUGUUACUCCAGGAAUUUGCUUUUCUGUCCUUAUGAUUGUUUUAAACUCAGGAACAGAGACAUCUGUGAUACGGAUGGUAGAAAAACAGGCUCCACUUUGUUUCUCCUAAAGGUGGAACUGGGGAUCGAAAGUGGAUCCCAGUUACGCUACCAAGCGACCAAGUCAAGUGACUCUGGGGUGUGUAACGUGGGAUGCGAGCGGAAAUCUGAUGCUGCCUGGCAUCACACACCUGCGUUUCUUCACUGUGGACGGACUGGUCUCAUCCAUAUUGAAAAUGAUGAAGAUUAUACCCACGAGUCACAAACUCC